AUGCCUAAAGAAGCGAGCGACAAGCAACUCGAGACAUGCAAAGCGAAUACGCCGAAGCCACACACCCUCACCACGUCCACCGGUGCGCCGAUUGACGAGAAGAAAGCGGUGUUGACAGUUGGACCAAGGGGACCGAUGCUCAUGCAGGAUGUCGUCUACAUGAACGAGAUGCAACACUUCGAUCGAGAGCGUAUCCCUGAACGAGUUGUGCAUGCGAAAGGAGCCGGAGCUCAUGGCUAUCUGGAAAUCACGCACGACAUCUCCAAGUACACGCGAGCCGAGAUUUUCUCGAAAGUCGGUAAACAGACGCCGUGCUUCUUGCGAUUCUCGACUGUUGGUGGUGAAUCCGGUUCGGCUGACACGGCUCGUGAUCCUCGCGGUUUUGCCCUCAAAUUCUACACGCAAGAGGGAAAUUGGGAUCUCGUCGGCAACAACACACCGAUCUUCUUCAUUCGUGAUCCCAUCUUUUUCCCCUCGUUCAUUCACACGCAAAAGCGUAAUCCGCAAACGCAUUUGAAGGAUCCAAAUGCAAUGUUCGAUUUCUGGGGCCAUCGUGCGGAAGCUAUUCACCAAGUGAUGUUCUUGUUCUCGGAUAGAGGAACUCCUGAUGGAUAUCGGUUCAUGAAUGGAUAUGGCUCGCACACCUUCAAACUCGUCAACAAGGAGAACGAGGCCGUUUACUGUAAAUUCCACUUCAAGACUGCUCAAGGCAUCAAGAACUUGACCUCGGAGAAGGCUGGCCGUUUGUCAGCUGAAGAUCCGGACUACUCGAUUCGGGAUCUCUUCAACGCCAUCGAGAAGGGCGAUUUCCCGCAAUGGAAUUUGUUCAUUCAGGUGAUGACCUUGCAACAGGCCGAGCAACACGAGUUCAACCCGUUCGACGUCACAAAGGUCUGGCCGCACAAGCAAUUCCCCUUGAUUCCCGUGGGGAAACUGGUGUUGAACCGAAAUCCGAAAAACUACUUUGCCGAGGUGGAGCAAUCAGCUUUCUGCCCAGCGCAUGUCGUGCCGGGCAUCGAGUUCUCGCCGGAUCGAAUGCUCCAGGGUCGCAUCUUCUCCUACACUGACACGCAUUUCCAUCGUUUGGGCGCAAACUAUCAACAAUUGCCGAUCAAUUGCCCGUUCCGUGCCCGCGCACACAACUAUCAACGCGACGGAGCGGCCACCUAUGAUUCACAGGCUGAGGCUCCAAACUAUCAUCCAAAUUCGUUCAAUGGACCAACUGAACUCGUUGGAGGACACGCUAAAGAACAUGUGCACAAAUUGACUGGAGAUGUGACACGAUAUGAUGAUGGAAAUGCCAACAAUUUCGAGCAACCAAGAGAAUUCUGGACAAAAGUUUUGGACGAGGGCGCCCGCGAGCGAAUGGUCGAGAAUUUCGCUGGUGCUUUGUCUGGCUGCCACUCGUACAUUAUCGACCGCUUCCUCAACGUUUGUCAACAGGUCCAUCCCGAUUUUGGGCAAAAACUUCGCAAGGCUGUCAUCGCGCAUGGAGGAGCUGCGGCUGCUGAAAAGGCUCAUAUU